GGCCGUGCGCUGGGAGGACGCCUACAGCGGCGGCGCCCCCACCUCCGCCGACAGCGCCGUCGCCAUCGCCAACAAGGAGGUGCGGUAUGGGCCAUUCGGAUCGCCCCCACCGCCCCCGCCGCCCCCGAUGCCGCCUCCGCUGCCACCGCCUCCGCAGCUCCUUGGCCGUGCGCACUCACGGUCCAUGUCUUCGUUACCCCCCGAACCUUUCAUGAUUAUGCGGUCGAAGGCGCUGAACCGGAGGGUGUGCAUCAACGUGGGCGGCGUGAAGCACGAGGUGCUGUGGCGGACGCUGGAGCGCCUGCCGCACACGCGCCUCGGCCGCCUGCGCGACUGCAACACGCACGAGGCCAUCUCCGAGCUCUGCGACGACUACUCGCUCGUCGACAACGAGUACUUCUUCGACCGCCACCCCAAGUCCUUCAGCUCCAUCCUCAACUUCUACCGCACGGGGAAGCUGCACCUCGUCGACGAGAUGUGCGUCCUGGCGUUCAGCGACGACCUCGAGUACUGGGGCGUCGACGAGCUGUACCUCGAGUCGUGCUGCCAGCACAAGUACCACCAGCGGAAGGAGCACGUGCACGAGGAGAUGCGGAAGGAGGCCGAGUCGCUGCGGCAGCGCGAGGAGGAGGAGUUCGGUGAGGGCAAGUGCGCGCAGUACCAGAAGUUCCUGUGGGACCUGCUCGAGAAGCCCACCACGUCCAUCGCCGCCAGGGUGAUAGCCGUCAUCUCGAUCCUGUUCAUAGUGCUGUCUACGAUCGCGCUGACUCUCAACACCAUCCCCAGUCUGCAGCACAAUGACGAGAAGGGCAACUUCGACAAUCCGCAGCUCGCGAUGGUCGAAGCUGUCUGCAUCACGUGGUUCACCCUGGAGUACGUGCUACGCUUUAGCGCGUCCCCAAACAAGUGGAAAUUUUUCAAGGGCGGUCUCAACAUCAUAGACCUGCUCGCUAUCCUCCCGUAUUUCGUUUCCCUCUUCCUGCUCGAGACCAAUAAGAACGCGAACGACCAGUUCCAAGACGUGCGCCGCGUGGUCCAAAUCUUCAGGAUCAUGCGCAUCUUGCGCAUCCUCAAGCUGGCGCGCCACUCGACGGGGCUCCAGAGCCUCGGCUUCACGCUCCGCAACUCGUACAAGGAGCUGGGCCUGCUUAUGCUCUUCCUCGCCAUGGGCGUCCUCAUAUUCUCCAGUCUGGCGUACUUCGCCGAGAAAGAGGAGCCCGGCACCAAAUUCAUCAGCAUUCCCGAAACUUUCUGGUGGGCGGGCAUCACAAUGACGACCGUGGGCUACGGCGACAUCUACCCCACCACCCCGCUCGGGAAAGUGAUAGGAAGUGUCUGUUGCAUUUGUGGGGUACUGGUGAUCGCGUUGCCCAUUCCCAUCAUUGUCAACAACUUCGCCGAGUUCUACAAGAACCAGAUGCGGCGCGAGAAGGCCCUGAAGCGGCGGGAGGCGCUCGAGAGGGCCAAGCGAGAGGGCAGCAUCGUCUCCUUCCACCACAUCAACCUGCGCGACGCCUUCGCCAAGAGCAUGGACCUCAUCGACGUCAUCGUGGACACGGGCCACAACAUGUCGCAGGCGGACGGCAACAGCACGGGUGGCGACAGCGCCAGUGGAGGCGGGGGCGGCGGGGGCAGCCGCGGCCCGCAGGCGACCGGCUGCUACCGCAACUUCGAGCACUUCGGAUCGCGCGGCCGGCGGCCGGGCAGCGCGCCCACGCCGGGCCUGCCGGGCCAGCCCUCCAGCUCGCCGCCGCCCACGCACCCGCUGCUGGACCUCCCGCCGGGGGGCGGCGCAGCCGCCGCCGCCGCCACCGCCCUCGUCAGCACGGGGGCGGCCAACGCCGCGCCGCCCCUCGACGAACUGCAGCCCGCGGCCGCCGUCGCGCCGGGGGGAUACGUGUCCCCGGACCUCAAAAAAGACGACAAGAAAAACGAGAAAAUCGAUGAAUUCCCUAGUGAGUUCGAAUGUUGCUUUUGCACAUCGAAGGACUACAAGGAGUUCAUUGACGCCGAGAGCCUGAUGCCGCUGCCCACGAGCGACUUCCGCAACCCCGUGUGCCUCGAGAUGAAAACGAUACGCAGCAACGCGGCAGCGGCGGCGGCGGCGGCGGCUGCUGCGACCAACAGCAACAACAAUAACAACAUCAGCAACAACAAUGGCGGCCGCGGUCUGGUGGACGGGGUGCUGCUGCGCGGCGUCGCCUCCAGCAGCUACGACAUGGGCAGCGUCGACAGCUCCGACACGUACGCCAGCUGCAACACUCACCCCUCGCACUCUCAGGGCGACCUGACGGCGGACGGCUGCUGGGAGAUGGUGCUGGACAGCAACCUGUACGUGAACCCGCUGGAGGGCAGCCCGGUGGACGGCAGCCCGCCCGCCGCGCUGCAGCCGCCGCUGGCGCCGUCGGCGCUGCCCGUCAAGAAGAGCGCCUCCAGCGACAAGGCGCUGCGCAGCCUGGGCGCCUCGCCGCUCGACGAGGCCUUCAAGGGCUUCGGCGCGCCCGAGCGCGAGCGCGGCUCCCGGGGGUCGCUCAACGACGCGCCGCUGCCCAAGCACCGCAAGACGCGCUUCCAGCAGGGCCUGAAGCCGAGGACCCGCUUCGGCGACGAGGAGGGCCGCGGCGGCAGCGCCGGCAGCCGGCGGCCGUCCUUCAUGCCGGGCGCGCGCAGCCUCGCGUCCGCCACGCGCAUCAUCAACCAGCACCUGUUCGGCCUGCACUCGCUCGCGUCUCGCGCCUCAGGGAAAAACGGCAGCAAGUCAUCGUUGUCGGUGGACUCCAUUGACUCACGGGCCAGCCCCACGCCAGACACACACCGGCGGUCGAAAUCGAUCCUCAAGAAGUCGGACGCGAGCUACUCGAUGUCGCGCAACGGCCGCGGCGGGGGCGGCGGCAGUGGCGGCAGCUGCAGCGGCGGGGGAGGCGCGGGCAGCGACGACCCGGAGACGGAGAAGCUCAUCUCGUCGGACAACAGCGCCAGCUCCGGGAUGGGGGCUGCGGGCGCCGGCGGCUGCGGCUGCACGGGCGGCGCGGGCGACGCGGGCUCCGGCUCGGGCUCGGACUACUCGCCCAGCAAGCUGCCGCUGUCGCCGCCCGCCACGCCCGCCGCCGCGCACCGCCUGCCGCUGCAGCCGCGCGCCAUCGGGCCCAAGUCCGGCACCAAGCCGCACGCGCUGCCCAUCAAGUUCGUGGGCCUCGACGGCGGCGGCGGCGGCACUGGCGGGCGCUCGUCUUCGGGGCUCAAGUCGCCUCUGGUGCUGUUGGACGACCUCCUGGGUGGCGGCGAGAAGCACGCGCGCGACGAGGCCGCCGUCGAGAACCGCAACAAGGAGCGGCUCGAGUGCUCGUCGGCGGGCGGCGGCGGCGGUGGUGACGGCGACGGCGGCCCGGCGGACGGCGGCUGCUGCCUCGACUCGCCUCUCUACAUCUGCCCGCCGCCGCCCGCCGACGAGCACUCGCCCACCGAGGAGACCAAGCUGCUGGCCGCGGGCGCCACCCCGGCGCGACACCACUGCCACGACUUCCCCAAGUCGUAGCAGUUACUGGAGGUUUCAUCACGCUUGCAGCUGACAGCAGGAAGCAGAGUUAUAUGUGCCAGAUACUGUGAGAAAUCGUUGUCCUCAAGUGGCAGAUCAUGUUAAAGGUAGCAGUUCACAAUGUUCUCUGCUACAAGCUCCUGUAUGCCUUUUUACCAUCCAUUAGGAUGUUUUCAGCAAUAGUUACAGCAAACCCGUAACAUGGACAUGUUGUUAAGGUGAUAAAUUCAAACAAAAUUUCCUUGUGACAGCACACACACACAUAACAUGUGCAAACAAAAACAUUUCUAAGUACAGUUAUGUAUGAACUGAAAUUCGUGUACAAAACAAAAGGUAUUCUUACAAGCAGUGAAAAUAGUUAAAGUGUAUUGUAUUAUAAAUUUAUAGUUUUGCCAAUAAAAAUUAGCUAUUAAUCCUGUUGUAAAAGACAGCUACCUGUGCCUGAUAUGCAUUAUACUUUAAUGGACAUGGUGUGAUUUUAAGAGGAGCCUAUGGUGUUAAAUAUCACUGAAUUUUGUUAUAUGUUUGCAGUAAACUUACCAUGUGAAGUUGAUACACACCUGAUAUUUUGUUGCCGACUAACAGCUGACUAUUCAGUUUUCCUAAAAUCAUUCUGUGCGAUCUUCAUAGGACAGAAUGUAUCAUUAAAGAAACCACUAAUUAUGAAAAACAUGCUCAAUUAUAAAACCAUUUCACUACCCUGUAUAUUCCAUUAUAUGUUUAUGAAAAUGAAGCUAGCUUAUUUUUUACAGAACUUUUUUAUGAUUUCUAUAAACUGCAAACAAUAAAAGUGUCAGAAUAUGUGUGUGUGUUUAAAUGUGUGCUCAAGUACCAGGUCAAAUGUGAUGUGCAGACAGUUUUGUGCAGCUUUCGGAUUACCUUUGUAUGUGCUGUGAAAAGAAAGGUGAACUGUUCAUCAAAUGAAAACAACCAAAGGAUAAUAUUUAGAUAUAAUGCAGAUACUGACAAUUUAAUGCUCUAUGCACUGAAAACAGCUGUAUAAAUUUGCUUUUGUGAAAUACAAAAAUGAAGCAGCUCAGUGUCUACACAAACAAUUGAGUGUGAUGAAAAUUGGCAGUAAAUACUGUGAUGGAACUUCAUGUAAUAGGAUUUACAAAAGGCAAAAGCAUAGAAAAAGCAGAUGUUACCAAAAUGAAAGCAAGCAAUAUCAUUGAUGUUAAGAGAAAAAUGGACAUUAUUUUGUAGUGUUUUAAAAUGAAAGCGAAAAAUGAAUAUUCGCAAAGCUUAUUUCUGCCUGUGAUUCUUUUUUGUAAGAAACAUGAAUGUGAUUAUAUGUUUAUGGUGAUGUCAGUAGUUUUAAAAGAUCUGUUAUGUAGUCUGCUUGUUUUUAUGACAAAGCUUCUGACAAGAUACAUAAACUCAUGAGAAGGGUUCAUAAAACAAGCAAAAAAAUAGCAGAAUUAAAAUUCUUUAUAGAAUUUCUCCUUUUAUAGUUGUUAAAAUGACAUUAAGUUGACAAUGGCAUAAAAUUAAAAUUGAAACUGGCAGUAAAUAAUUUAUGUACAAUGAGUCUCUUUAUGCCUGUAACAAAUUACUGAGCUUAAAAAGUUCUACAGUAAUUCUUAUUGACACAGCCAAUUUUCAUGCUUCUCAUAUUGAUGCAAAGUAUUGAAUAAAGACUUUUUAGUUAGUAAAAAAUCAUUUUUCUUAAUUGUUAACUUUCACAUUCAAGCCAACUCUAGUUAACUGUAAUGUGAAAUGAUGAUGUGAUUUGUUACAGCUGCACCAUAGUAAAAUACUGCAUUGUACUUGUAAUUCAUCAAUUGCUGCCAUACCACAACAAUUAUUUGAAAAGUUCCUGUGUUAUCUGUCUCCUCAUAAUAGGAAAGUAAAUUUAUCUCUGUUUGAGUGAAACAUUCCCUAAAAAUUACCAGGCCCUGUCCUGGGCUGCUAACAUAACACCAAGGUAUUGUGAAGAUUUUGUAAUGUGAUAAGUGUUAACAAAACAAAUAUGUAUUUACUGAAACUUCUUUAAUGACUGUAUGUAUGUGUGCAAAUGACAAACAUAUCAGGCAGUCCAGUUAAUGCAACUUAACAGCCCCUUUCUAAAACAGUGUGUUUGAUGUUGGAAAACUGAAAAUUUCUUUUAGUUGUAUUCAUGAUUCUGUAACUAUAAUAUUUAUAAUUUACAUGUUCAGUAAUGUUACAUCACAGUACUUCUGGUAAUAUAUCAGGUAACUAAAACUUAUCUUAUGGGAACAGAAACAUUUUGUAGUAACUUGUUACAUGCAUAAAGAGUGCACUGUAGCACUAUGAUAUAAACAAAACUUCAAAGCACUUCUAAUGUCAUGGGGAACUACAACAACUUGAACCAUUUUCUAACCCAUUAAGUUUGGUAAUCAAGCUAUUUUUAUAGUAACUGGGAACAUUUGCUAGUGGCACACACAUCAUUUUGUUCUAAAACAAAUGCAAAAAGUUGUUAGAUAUGAAAGAAUAUUUUCCAACUGAUGAUAAAUUUGCAGUUCAUUCAGCAGACAUUUUGCAUACAACACAUUUCAUUUUAUUAUGCGACAUAAUGUUGUGUAUGUACAUUCCAUUCAUAGCAGCUAACAUUUUUACAGAGUGGUAGAUAAUACAUUUAAGGACAUACUUAACUAUGUACUGUAUUCGUAUAUUUUGUAUCUGUUAGUGACUUCAAAACUUGACUUACAAAGUCUGAUACAAGUUCAUUACCACGAGGAAAAAUUUAUGACUGAUUUAUUUAUUUUCAUUUUUUAAUGACCUUGAUUUUUUACAAAAUACAAAUCAAUUUUUGAUGCACGUUUCCAAGAGACCAUUAACUCAAAAUUGUUGCUGGCUACUAGAGGGCAGUUGUCAUAGUCAAUAAUAUUCCUGCAAAUGUACAAAAUUUAUGAGUGGUAGAGGUGAAACUUGUUCUGAGCAAUUGCUUUGCUAUGAAUGCAAUUAAAAGGCAGCAAAAUUAUGGAUGGAAAUUAAUUCCAGUACCCCACAGUAGAAAGUAACACCAGCAUAUAUAAUGCAAAUUCUACAUCUUUUAAGUUUACAUGUAGCAAGUAUUCAUACUUGAUAGAAAUAUUACAUACAAUAAAAUUAUAUGUGUGAUAGCCACUAGAAUUAAAUGUGAGAAAGAUUCAGAUUUCCUGUCAUUCUUUAUAGAGAGUUGGAAUUGUAAUGGCUGCAGAAUGAUGUUGAAAAUAGUGAAGGUCUGCUUUUAAAAGUUGUAUUCUUUUUCUAAGUGGACAGUGUAGAAUGACACAUAUGUGAGAAGAUAAAUUUUGUUCUUGUAAAACAAAUCUAUUCCUGAAUCAUAUAUACAAAAAGGAAACUACAUUUGACUGACAACAUGAAGGAAACUUUCAGUACAUACUUUCUUUAAAAGUAGGGAAACACUUAUUCCCCAAGUAAUUUUACAAAGUUUGUUGUGGUAAUAUGUUUAUAUUUACAAUACCUUAAUUGUUCUUCCAGCAACUGUUGACUGAUUUUAUCCACUGCAGAUAAUAAAUUAUUAAAAAACUCUUAUUUUUCUUCUUCAGACUUAAUUAUUUCCAUAAUAUUUUCUCCUUGUUUGAAUCAAUACCAUAAUGUAAGGUAUACCAUAACUUGUUAAGGCAAGUAAAUGGGCAUUAAGUAUUUUAUGGUGGUGUUUACGAUGGAUAUACCCACAAAACAAGGAAUAGUAACAAAGUUAAUUAUCAUUUUUCAGCUGUUACCUUAUGUUGUUUUAUUUAUAUCUUUAUGUGUACCUGUUGUAAAUGU